ACGAGGAAGAAUGACUGCUCACCUGUUACGGGAAAUAAGUUUCUCGUGCAUCUCCGAGAAAAAAAUCAUUUCCCUUCCACUCCGCUGAUCCCUGUCAGCUGUGGCACAGCUCGUACACUUGUACAACCAUGGAGUGCUGCCUGCCUGCGGAGAGACAGGAGAACCUCAGGGUGCACAAAGAGAUAGAGAGGCAACUUCGUCGUGAUAAGUCCGACUCUCACCGGGAGUUAAAGCUGCUGCUGUUAGGGACUGGUGAAAGUGGGAAGAGCACUUUCAUCAAACAGAUGAGGAUCAUCCACGGCCGUGGAUACAAUGAAGCUGACAGGAGAGGUUUCAUUCGGCUCGUGUUUCAGAACAUCGUCACAGCCAUCCAGGCGCUGAUCCAGGCCAUGAAGAUUCUGCGGAUAAACUACACGAACGAGCAGAACGUGAGCUACGCACAGAAGCUGAGCCAGGUGGAGGUGAACCAUGUCACUCUUUUGGAGGCCUGGCAGGCGGACGCCAUUAGGCACGUGUGGAACGACCACGGUGUUCAAAGGUGCUACGACCGCAGGAGGGAGUUCCAGUUAUCGGACUCUGCCAAAUAUUACCUGAGCGACUUGGACAGAAUCACAGACCGGGUGUACAUCCCCACCGAGCAGGACAUCCUGAGGGUCCGCGUCCCUACCAGCGGCAUCAUAGAGUAUCCCUUUGACCUUUCAAAGGUCAUCUUCAGGAUGGUGGAUGUGGGCGGGCAGCGCUCAGAGAGGAAGAAAUGGAUCCACUGUUUUGAGAAUGUCACCUCCAUCAUAUUUCUGGCGGCGCUCAGCGAGUACGAUCAAGUCCUUUACGAGAGCGAGAAUGAUAAUCGACUGCGAGAAAGUCUGGCUUUGUUUAAGACCAUCGUCUCCUACCAGUGGUUCCAGGACUCGUCCAUCAUCCUGUUCCUGAACAAGACGGACCUGCUGGACGAGAAGAUCACGCGCUCUCAUUUGGCGACUUACUUCCCGGCCUUUCGGGGGCCUCAGUGUGACGUUCAAUCUGCAAAGAAGUUCAUCUUGCAAAUGUACGUGGAGAACCACAGCGGGCAUCCCAAAGACCUUUACAAACACUACACCUGCGCCACCGACACCAAGAACAUCGAGAUUGUCUUCAAAGCUGUGAAGGACACGGUGUUCAGGGAGAACAUCGGAUUGUUCAACCUCGAAUAAGAAGAGCUGCAGCCGGACGAGGAGACGGUUUCACCGUCAGGACACAGCCUGUUAUACACAUGUUGUAACUGUUAUGGACUUCUUUAUCUGUCGUGUGUGUCGGUUGUUCAAAGACUUCAAAGAGAAGCGAUCAGACAGCCGAGUCAGGUGAGAGACGUGUAUCUCCUCGCUGUAAGUCACCGCACGCAGCAUUUAUUAAUGAGUGAAUGUUUUCUGAUCGUCUGGCUGCACUGAAUGCCCACUUUUACAUUCAAAUCUUCUCUUGACGUCACAUUUAAGUAAAACCCUUUUUGUGGAACUUACUUCCUGCUUCCUGUUCCUGCUUCCUGCUUCCUGCUCUUUUUACCUUUUCAAACUGUUUUAUUUUUAUUUUUUAGGUGUAUUUUCUGUUGACGUAACCUUUUACUUACUCAACAUUAAUAAAAAAAAAAGUUUCCUUCUGUAAAGCGACUUUGGUACCCUGAAAAGUGCCGUACAAAUCUAAUGUAUUAUUAUUAUUAUUAUUAUUAUUAUUAUUAUUAUUAUUAUUAUUAUUAUUAUUAUUACUAAUAUAAGAAGUUUUGUUGUGUGAUUGUGGUUAUAUGAUGUAGUUUACGCCUCGUUGUGAGCAGGACAGCAGUGGAAAUGCUGUUUUUCGAAGGUUAAAUAUGUAUUAAAUCAGAAUAUCUAGUUAGAUAAAAACAUGUUGUGACAUUUGGAAAUGAUGACAUCUUUUUUCAAUAAAUGUUGACUUGACACUUGA